AUGGUUUGUUCUCGACAACAUUUUACACAAGGUGCACUGGUCUCAAUUAUAACUAUAUGUGAACAGGGCCAUAAAUUGCAAUGGUGUUCACAGCCAAAAACAGGUAAGAGACCAGAAGGAAACAUUUUGAUUACUGCGGCUUUAGUACUAUCUGGUAUUCUAUUUUCUCAAUUUAAAGUAUUUUGCUCCGCAUUGAAACUUUCAAUUUUUACUCGUCCAGUUUAUGACAAAAUUAUAAAUAAAUACUUAUUUCCUGUAAUAUGCCGCCAAUGGAAAGAACACAGAAAAAAAAACAUCGACGCUAUAAAGUUAUCAUCAAUUUGGCUAGCUGGGGAUGGCCAAUAUGACUCACCGGGUUUUUGUGCUAAGUACUGUACUUAUUCAGUUAUGGAUAUCAACACGGGAAAAAUCAUAGAUUUUAAAUUAGUUCAAAAGGGCCAAUUUAAAGGGGAUUUAGAAAGGCAAGCCUGUGAACAAUUACUAAUGGAUUUAACUAAUAGUAGUAAUUGUAAAAUCGAGUUGUUUUUAACAGAUAGACAUAAAGGUAUACGUGCAUUUAUCCGUACACAGCAUCCAAAUAUUAAACAUGAAUUCGAUAUUUGGCAUUUAAGUAAGAGUUUAAUGAAAAGAUUAAAACCACUCGAAAAGAAAUACCCUGAUGCUUUUUUAUGGAAAUCGUCAAUUAACAAUCAUCUUUGGUGGUCAGCACAGACAUGUGAAGGAGAUGAAGAAAAACUCAUUGAUAAAUUUACAUCUAUAUUAAAACACAUAUCAAAUGAGCAUGAGUGGGAAGAUAAUGGUGUAAAAAAGAGAUGCGAGCAUGAAAAAUUAAAUGAAAAUGAAAUACGAAAUAAACUGUGGAUAGACCCAGAAAGCGAAUCAUAUUACGCUUUGAAAAAAAUUAUCAUGGCAAAAGACUUUUUAAAGGAUUUGACACAUGCUACUCAUUUUGUACAUACUGGUAGAUUAGAGUCGUAUCACAAUUUACGAUUAAAAUAUACGCCAAAACUUAAAAUACAAAGGUAUGUAUAUGAGAAGUAUCAUUGCUAUACUAGAUCAUAA